AUGACUUUAAACUGUGCAUACCUGGGAACAGUAUUACUUGUAGCAGCUCUUGGUUCAACUGGAGAAGCGACAUUGUACUUGGACGACCAUUGUGGAGAAACUAUCAGGGUCCAUGGCGACCGAAUGUACUCCCAAUCCACUAAAAACUAUGACAACAACAUGGAUUGCCUUGUGACCAUACAGGCACCGUACGAUUAUCAGAUAGUAACUAUAGAUUUUUCGUGGGUUGACCUUUUUAAUCGGGGUUGUUAUGACUACAUAGAGAUAUGUGACACUAAUGGCACACUGUUGAAUACGAUUUGCGCCAACUGGGAACCCCGGGACAUCUAUUCAUCUGGAAAUUUUAUAUACAUUCGGAUGGUGACAGAUGAUUCCCGCGUAGAUAGGGGGUUUAGUUUAGUCUUCACAGCCUUUCAUUAUGAUUACGAUUUAGCAUGCAACGACACGUACGAGUUCAAGUGUUCAGGAAAUGAUCGCUGUAUUGACGACUCCUUAGUUUGCGACGAUAAAAAUAACUGCAAUAACGCUUACGACGAAGACGACUGCUCAGAUGCAUCCACACUAAGACUUUCAGUUGUGAGUUUCUGGGUCCCGCUGAAUGCUCUAGAAGAUACCAAUGUAGAAAAAGCCAACAUCUCUGUUGACCAUCGGCCACUUGUGUAG